AUGGCGCCUAUGCUUCCCAAACAUUCUAAUCACGAUGACACAAAAGGUAUUUUAUUGCUGAACGAAACGAAGAAACUUGGAAUUGGUGAUCUUUCAAGGUACAUUAUAUCUGUAGAUAAGAAGAAAUUAGAAGAUAGUGGUAUCUGUAUCGAAGAGUUGUUCUUAAGAAUAAAAAACGAAGAGAGUCCACUACUUCGUCCUGUGUAUCUGACGGGACCUUACACCUUCUAUGUUGAUGUAAGACCACAUAAUUAUCAUGAGGAUGAAAUAUUUGAAGGUGAUGAAGUGAUUCCAUUCUGUGAACACUUGAAGCCGGAUGCAAGGUUUAAGACGAAGAUUUUUUUGAAUAAACAUUCACGUGUGGCAAAUACCAAUACUUAUUCUUGGACUGUUGAUAUUCUUUCACAACUCUGUGUAAUCCCCACACCAACAUUGAAAUAUAGUUUCAGAAUUGCAACUACUAAGAAGGAAACUAAAAAUGGAUCAAAAGGUAAGAAACCUGUGAAAAUGGACGGUUUUGAGGUCAAAUUACUCGAUACGAGUUCAUUAUGGAGCUUCCCACCAAAGUAUCCAAAUAAACCUGUACAUUUAGUUAUAAUGACACAUGGUAUUUUUUCUAAUAUUGGUUGUGAUAUGUUAUACAUGAAGGAUAAAAUUGAAGAGACGGCAAAUUCAGUUCCAGAGGAUAUUAAUCCAAAUGUUGUGGUGAGGGGCUGUAUGAAAAAUAUGGGGAAAUCAGCUCAUGGGGUGCAUUAUUUAGGUAAGAGAGUUGCAGAAUACAUUAUAGAAACAGUCGAUGAAUUGAAUAAGAAGUAUAAAGUGGACAAGAUUUCAUUUAUCGGUCAUUCGUUAGGUGGACCCACUCAAGGUAUGGCGGUUCAUUAUAUAUCUGUAAAGAGACCUGAUAUAUUCCACCCAACAAAAGGUAUUAAACCAGUUAAUUUUAUUACUCUAGCAAGUCCAUUCAUUGGAGUCAUUGGUGAUUUUCCUUUAUACGUUUCUUUACCUCUAGAUGCAGGUUCUUUGGGAUUAACUGGUAGAGAUUUGAAUCUGAAAUAUACUCCCUUGACAUCGAAAGAUGGACUAACGACUGAUGGGAAUGCUGCAAAAACCAAGCUUAUCUUGGAAAUAAUACCACAACCACCGGCAUUAGCAAUAUUUGAAAGAUUUGUGCAUCGAACCCUAUAUGCAAAUGUUGUACAUGAUGGUAUUGUCCCAUUAAGGACAGCAGCUCUACUUUAUUUGGAUUGGAAUAGUUUAGCUAAGGCCAAAAGGAUACAGGAUAGAUCAAGUUCUACACAAGAAGCCGCUACGCCAAAUGUACCAGAUGAUUCAUCAGUAUCACGUUCAGAAACUGGAUCUCCAAGUCCAAAUGCCAGGCAUGAGACUCCAACAGGUGAAAUUCCAUCUAGUGGUAUAGAUAAGAAGGCAGCUUUAAGAUGGGCAUUACCUCUUCCAUCUAAGAGAAGUAAGUUUAAAAGGGGUCAAGUAACGGAAAGUUCCAUGGAAGAUUCGUCUGGCAAUGGAUCCACCACUGAAACGGAUGAUAAUGACGCUAAUGAAUUCACUGCACCACCAGAAGCCUCCACCAUGCUUGCUGCCCUUUCAGUUCUUACGGCGCCAUUACCUAGUCAGGAGUACAUUAAAAACCCUGAAGUGAGACAUCAUGAUGCAAUUGUACAUGAUAAGAUAUAUACUCCAAAAGAAAUACCGAGGGCACAUUAUGCGAAUAGACCUGCUAUUAAAAAGGUCAUUUAUCCAAAUGAAAGUGUUAAUCGAACCCAAGAACGUAUUGCAAGACAGUGGCAAAUGACGAUGAAUUGGAGGAAAGUAUUGGUGAAGAUAAAACCUGAUUCUCAUAACAAUAUUGUUGUGAGAAGAAGAUUUGUUAAUCUAUAUGGUGAUGUUGCUGUUUCCCAUAUGGUAGAAGAGCACUUCGGUGUGGAGGCUAGUAGAAAAUAUUCUGAAUUAUCAUAA